UCAAAAGAGUAUGGAAGAAUAAAGGCUUCUGAGCGUUUUGUCACGUUCCAUUGCUUCUUCGGAUUGCUGCUCGUGGGGUGGAUAACCUUUGGGUAUCAGUUCACGGGUGACCAAAGAUCUGACUCGUCUUUGCGGCCUCUCUUCGGAUUCAUUGCUCUGUGAAGAGCUCGAAUCCUUCUUCAGGUUUUUCUGGUGCUUCUUUUCCUCUUCUUCUUCCUUAAUGCGCUCUGCUCUGCGUAUCCUCAUCGCUCUGUGCAUCUUGACAUCGACCUCACUUUGUGUUUGUGUAGGUCUUUUCUCGAGAGGCACUUCUUCACCAUCGUUGAUUUCCGGCACUUUUAUGAGCUCCAACGUUCUGCGAGACCUUUGUUGAGACUGUGUAGGUCUCUUAUCAAGAGGUCUCUGAUGGCCAUCGUUGAGUUCUUGAGCUUUUGGCAGAUGUUCCAACGUUUUGUUUGUUUUUACAUGACGAACUUGAUGUGUCUGGGAAGGUCUCGUUUCGAGAGGUUUUUGUUCACCGUCAUUGAUUUCUUGCGUUUUAACCAGCUCCAAUGUUCUGCGUGAUCUUUGAUGUGUCUGUGA